UGUAACUCUGGACUCCUGUGGGCCCAGCUGUCCGUUAAAGCAUUUAAAAAUCAGUUUAUUGGCCUCGCUGCCUGGGCGGUGGUACAGGUAGUGAGAGAGGGCCACCCCUGAACCCCCAAACCUGGCCCACCCUCCUUCUGGGUGGGGCCGGGAACCUGGCACCUCCCCUUUUCCUGGGGACCCCCCCUUACAGAGUCGUGGCUGUUUUUCGCAUUAUCUUUACCUGGUUUAUAGUGCAGCCUCCCACCCCACCACACCCCGUGAGGUCCCUAAUCCUGGAGCGAGGGUGAAUUUUCAAGACUUUUGGUUAGCGUGGUGAGAUGUUUGAUAAAACACCCGCAUGCCAGGCAGACACAUCUAAGUGACCCUUGACCCCUUUGCCUCAAGGAUGGGAUCACCUGCCUGGAAUAUUCUGGUGUCUUAGACAUUUCAGCGCACACUUAAGACUGGCCACGUCUUCAGCAGUGAACGGCUCUGGGCUCCGGAGUUACAUGCCAGCGCCCCGAUCACCGAGAGGACGCGGCUUGGAGACGGGAGGCGCUGGGGGUCGCGGCCACCCACUCGGGCAGGAGAGCGCUGGGAGAUGGAGCGCCCGCGUCUGCUGGCCGGAGACGACGCGCCCGAGCCGCAGACGGCCCGGGAGGCCAAGCGAGCCGACAGUGACGACGCCGAGCUGAUCUUCGUGGGGGUAGAGCACAGGAAUGAAGACGCCGAGCUGAUCUUCGUGGGGGUGACCUCGCGUUCAAAGCCAGUGGUGUCAAACAUUUUAAACAGAGUCACCCCAGGCUCGUGCUUGAGGAGAAAGACGUACGGUCACCUCAGAAGAGACGCCGCCCCCAAACUGCCGCCUGUGGGCCGCAGAGCCGCAGCCCCGGCAGCGGGCACGGGCGCGCCCCCCCGGGGCCUGGCCGGAGCGGACAGCGCCGCCGAGCCCCGGAGAGAGAGCCUGGUCGUGCUGCUCAGCGACUUCUACUACGGGCAGCAGGGCGGGCACGCGCCGCCCGAGCACAAGACCCACACGGUCUUUAAGUGCCUCAGCUGCGCCAAGGUCCUCAAAAACGUGAAGUUCAUGAACCACGUGAAGCACCACCUGGACCUGGAGAAGCAGCGGAGCGACGGCUGGGAGAGCCAGGCCGCCUGCCCGCACUGCCACCGGCCCUUCCCCUCGCCCUCCCAGCUGCAGCGGCACGUGGAGAGCGUGCACGCGGCGCCCGGGCCCGCGGCCGUCUGCCGCAUCUGCGAGCUGGCCUUCCAGACCGACCGCGCCCUGCUGGAGCACAUGCGGGCCAGCCACAAGCCCGGCGAGAUGCCCUACGUGUGCCAGGCCUGCGGCUUCCGCUCCUCGGUCUUCGCCGACGUGGACACGCACUUCCGGGCCAGCCACGAGAACACCAAGAACCUGCUCUGCCCCUUCUGCCUCAAAAUCUUCAAGACGGCGUCGCCCUACAUGUGCCACUACCGCGGGCACUGGGAGAGGAGCGCCCACCAGUGCUCCCGGUGCCGCCUGCAGUUCCUGACCUUCAAGGAGAAGAUGGAGCACAAGACCCAGCGCCACCAGACGGUCCGGCAGCCCCGGCAGCUGGAGGGGCUGCCCCCCGAGACGCGGACGCCGCAGCUGCCCCCUCGUGGACGCCUCCCGCCGGCCCGCUCGGCUCCUACCUCCUCGGCUGAGUUUGGUCCGUUGACCUUCGCCAGUGACAUUGCAGUAGCAGCCAGAUUCGCCCCCGACUCCCCUUAA